CAUCUAGGCAUCAUGAGGGGAGCAACACUUUACGAACAGUUGUGGUUAAUCACAAUACUGAUAAUUUGUAUUCUACAAGCGUUCGAUUGUGGUAAGCCUGUAGGGUGUAGCAGUUGUACAAAAAAGAAGAACAGUCGUGGUAAAUUGUUGAAUCUUGGUACAGGACGGGUAACGUUUUCCGCGAUAAUGGAUUCCAAUGCUGAUGCUAUUCACCGAGAGCCAAAAGAGAAUUUGGCGAAGGUUUGGAAGAGCAUUGAUCGAGAUGUAAGGACCGAUGAAGACGUCAUUCAGAAAGGGAGAGAAUUCAUUGCAUAUGUCAAAGAUAGGUUCGAUGUCGAUAUGACUAUAAUAACUGAUGAACAGUUGCAGCUUGGUUUAUAUGUACACUUUGGGAAUUUGACGUUCAUGGGGUUCGUUAUUGAUUUUGACCUUCGAGUCGUUACAGAAACAACACCACUACAACACGUCACCCAUUACCGGAACACAAAAUACAUAUCAACUGGAUAUGUUAUUGUUGCAAACAAGAAUACAAUACUCGAAGGUGGUAAAUAUACAGGAUUCAUGGCGAAGAAUUCGGCAAUAUAUACAGAAACAGCUAUGAUAGACAGUAAUGAAUGCGAUUUUGAGGAAGAGCCCCACAUUCUCAUAACGCGCACACUCGACGCUCAUCCCGCCAAUUUCUAUGACGGCAAAUAUACUGAGGUCAAUACAUGGGAAGGAGAAGUAUGGUCUAGCAAGUACGGACACGGAUUGCAAUACGGCAUUGAUAUGCACCCAAUGUAUGUCAUGACUAUCGUGAAUGUAUUUCCUAAAUAA